AUGGGUGAGGUAAUCAGCUACACCAUUGGUGAUAGCCAUGAAUGUCCAAUAGAAUGUCCAAUAGAAUGUCCAAUAGAAUGUCCAAUAGAAUGUCGAAGAGAAUGUCGAAGAGAAUGUCGAAGAGAAUGUCGAAGAGAAUGUCGAAGAGAAUGUCGAAGAGAAUGUCGAAGAGAAUGUCGAAGAGAAUGUCGAAGAGAAUGUCGAAGAGAAUGUCGAAGAGAAUGUCGAAGAGAAUGUCGAAGAGAAUGUCCAAUAGAAUGUCCAAUAGAAUGUCCAAUAGAAUGUCCAAUAGAAUGUCGAAGAGAAUGUCGAAGAGAAUGUCGAAGAGAAUGUCGAAGAGAAUGUCGAAGAGAAUGUCGAAGAGAAUGUCGAAGAGAAUGUCGAAGAGAAUGUCGAAGAGAAUGUCGAAGAGAAUGUCGAAGAGAAUGUCGAAGAGAAUGUCGAAGAGAAUGUCAAAGAGAAUGUCCCUACAAAUGUCCACCAAAGACCCACCGACCCCGCAAAAAAGAAGACCCACCGACCUCGCAAGAAGACCCACCGACCCUGAAAGAAGACCCACCGACCCUGAAAGAAGACCCACCGAACCCGCAAGAAGACCCACCGACCCCGCAAAAAAGAAGACCCACCGACCUCGCAAGAAGACCCACCGACCCUGAAAGAAGACCCACCAACCCUGAAAGAAGACCCACCGAACCCGCAAGAAGACCCACCGACCCCGCAAGAAAGAAGACCCACCGACCCCGCAAGAAAGAAGACCCACCGACCCGCAAGAAAGAAGACCCACCGACCCUGAAAGAAGACCCACCGAACCCGCAAGAAGACCCACCAACCCUGAAAGAAGACCCACCGACCCUGAAAGAAGACCCACCGACCCUGAAAGAAGACCCACCGACCCUGAAAGAAGACCCACCGACCCUGAAAGAAGACCCACCGACCCUGAAAAAAGACCCACCGACCCCGCAAGAAAGAGGACCCAUCCAUCCUGCAAAUCCGUAA